CCGGGCGCGCCGGGGCGUUGCUGGGAAACAUCUGGCGACGCCUGCGGCUCCGACCGGCCGACAUGGCGGCGGCGGCGGCGGCGGCGGCGGCGGCGGCGGCGGCGGCGUUGGCGCGGCUCGCGGCGGCCUUCCUCCUCCUCGCGGCCCAGGUGGCCUGUGAGUAUGGCAUGGUGCACGUGGUCUCCGAGACAGGGGGCCCUAAAGGCAAAGACUACUGCAUUCUCUACAACCCACAGUGGGCCCACCUGCCACAUGACCUUGGCAAAGCGUCUCUCCUGCAGGUGCGGGACUGGACGGCCUCCGUGCUCUGCUCUCCACCCGACCUCCCCGCCAAAGGCUUCAGCAACCAGAUCCCGCUGGUGGCGCGGGGAAACUGCACCUUCUAUGAGAAAGUGCGGCUGGCGCAGGGCGGCGGGGCCCGCGGGCUGCUCAUUGUCAGCAAGGAGACGCUGGUGCCCCCAGGAGGCAACAAGACACAGUAUGACGAGAUCGGGAUUCCCGUGGCCCUGCUCAGCCACAAAGACAUGCUGGACAUCUUCAAGAGUUUUGGCCGAGCAGUGAGGGCAGCGCUCUACGCCCCCAGCGAGCCCAUGCUAGACUACAACAUGGUCAUCAUCUUCAUCAUGGCCGUUGGCACUGUCGCCCUCGGGGGCUACUGGGCCGGGAGCCGGGACGUGAGGAAAAGGUACGUGAAACACAAGCGGGACGACGGGCCCGCAAAGCAGGAGGCCGAGGCCGUGGACGUGAGCCCCGUCCUGGUCUGCGUCUUCGUGGCCAUGUGCUGCUCCGCGCUGGUGCUGCUGUACUACUUCUACGACCGGCUCGUCUAUGUGACCAUCGCCAUCUUCUGCCUGUCCUCCUCCACGGGCCUGUACAGCUGCCUGUCACCACUGGUCCAGAGGCUGCCAUUCGGCAGAUGCAGGGUCCCCGACAACAGCCUGCCCUACUUCCGCAAGCGCCCUCGGGUCAGCAUGCUGCUCCUCGCACUGCUCUGCCUGGCCGUCAGCGUGGUGUGGGGAAUCUUCCGGAACGAGGACCAGUGGGCCUGGAUCCUUCAGGAUGCGCUGGGCGUCGCCUUCUGCCUCUACAUGUUGAAAACCAUCCGCCUCCCCACUUUUAAGGCCUGCACGCUGCUGCUGCUGGUGCUGUUCGUCUACGACGUCUUCUUUGUGUUCAUCACGCCCUUCCUGACCAAGAGCGGGAACAGCAUCAUGGUGGAGGUGGCGACCGGGCCCUCGGACUCGGCCACCCACGAGAAGCUCCCCAUGGUCCUGAAGGUGCCCAGACUGAACGCUUCGCCGCUCGCCCUAUGUGACCGGCCCUUCUCCCUGCUGGGCUUCGGGGACAUCCUGGUGCCAGGGUUGCUCGUGGCAUACUGCCACAGGUUCGACAUCCAGGUGCAGUCGUCCAGGGUCUACUUCGUGGCCUGCACCGUGGCCUACGGCAUCGGCCUCCUGGUGACGUUCAUGGCGCUGGCCCUGAUGCAGCGUGGCCAGCCUGCUCUCCUCUACCUGGUGCCCUGCACGCUGAUGACAAGCUGCGCCCUGGCGCUCUGGCGCAGGGAGCUGGGCAUGUUCUGGACGGGCAGCGGCUUUGCGAAGGACCUACCUCAGUCUCCUUGGGCGCCAUCUGCAGCCGAGGACCCGCAACCUCGGAAGGACUCCGCCACCGGCCUCCCCCAGCCGCCUCCAGGCGAAGGACUGGCCAAGUGCCCCCCGCCCAUGGAGCAGCCCCCAGAAGUGUCCGCGCCCGAGGAGACCGGGGCCGGAGCACCCCCCCAGGAGCCCGUGAGCCCCGCAGGCCCCACCCCCGAGCCCACAAGCCUGGUAGGCGCCUCGGCCUAGGAGGUGGCGUAGACUCUCGGGCCCUCGCUGCUGCCCCACCACGCUGAGAGACCCCGAGACUGGACCUGCCCGGCCCCCCCAACUUGGUGCUCCGGUCUGGCCGAUGCCCCUGCUCUUCCUCCUCCUCGAGCCGAGCCCAGCUGCAGCCCAGACCCUCUCCAGCUCCGCUCCCAGCUCACGUGGCUGCCGCAAGCCCCUGCCCCCACUCUGGCCCACGAGGUCACCAUCAGCGUCAUGCGAGCGCCCAGCUCCACGGUCUUGCCUGUCAACUCGGUGUUUCCUUGGCAAGGGCAGGAAGCUCCCCCUCCGACCGCCCACGGCUGCAGAUCGCCCACAUUUGGUGCUUACCACGCUGCCGCUUCCCUCAGGUUGUUGCCCGCACCGCGCUGGGCCAGACACUGGUCGGCAGAGCCCCGUAGUGCAGCCCGGCUGGUGUGCGUGCCGCUGGCUGGCCGGGGCCAGACCUGCCUCGGGGUCGGCGGGGGCCGCGCAGGAGCCUCUUCCGUCCGUCUGGGCCGCCCGCAUCUGUGCUCCAGCUUCGCCGCCUGUUAAUAAACGGCCACGACUUGUUGAACUCGGGUGGUGUCGCCUCUUGGGUCUGAGUCUCUGGGACGGCCCUCGUCAGGGCAGCCGGGCGCCCCGUCCAUGGGGCUGCGUCCUUCCCGUCGGCUCCGUUCUUUCAACUUAGAGGGAUUUGGGGGGGUGCCCCCACCCUCCUCAUGACAUCUGCACGCUCCCAGCCCCACCCCAGCCCGGCCUCUAGGGACAACACUGGCCAGGCGAGCGCAAUUUUUGCGCUCCACCCGGGAGCUUCUGGAAUGUGGAGAAUAUUCUGGAACUGGCAUUUUGUCUUCUACCUCACUGACAGGGUUCUCCGAACGUCACGACGGAAAUGCUGCAGUAGGACUGGCCGCGGGGCGGCGGCCCCCACACCGUGGCACGUGCCGGUCCACGCAGCCUCCAGACUCAAGCCCAGAAAGCUGUUUCCACCGACGUGACGUGAAGGCACAGAUCCCCCAGCCACGCGGUCCCAGCUCUGUCCCCUGUCUGUCUGCUGCUCAGUUGCAGACAGCAGGCACGGGAUCAACCAUGAUCCAUUCCAAAAAAUACCAGCGCCAGACAGACUCACACACAGCCUUUGUUAGCCAUGCUGCUCUAAGAAGAAAUGAUGUUUAUUCCAAAAAAAA